AUGAUCAUGUUCUUACUCGGACAAUGUUACUUGAAGUCAGUCUGUCCGUGCUGUUCUCUUCGAAAACAAACGUCACCGAAAGAUUUAUCCGAAGGAUCAGUUUUGUCACCUCAAUCACUUCCAGCAGAUCAUCCAGAUAUCGUCUCUGUGCACAGCCAUCUUGGUAUCGUGCGCGGAGACAGACGGGAGUGCAAUCUGGCACUGAAGAAUUAUAAGAUCGCUUAUGAAAUACGUCGAACACAAUUGCCACCAAAUCAUCCCCAUAUCGCUAAUUUUCUCGACAAUUUCGGUGCUAUCUAUAAAGUAAAAGAUGACCACGACCAGACACUUGAAUAUUAUCAACAUGUAUUAAAGAUUGAUGAGAUAAACUAUCCAAAUGACAGUCUACACAAGGCAAAUAUCAUUGAAAUAUUGGUAGCACGUACAGUGACAAGGGAAAUUUUGAUACUGCUCUUAUCUAUCUUUAUCACGCUCUUUACACGUACAGACGGUCCUCAUCAAGUAUCGCAGUUCUACAAAGAUGUUUUGUCAAUUUUAGAAAAUUUCAAACUAUUCGAUUACGAAACAACUUCGAAAUAUCUCAUGGCGAUCACUUGUUGCUUCGGAAAUUCUAGCGUGCUGGUAGAUGGCUUAAAAUGGCAGCUUAGAGCACUCGAACUUCACCGACACAAUAUAUCAUCUGAUCAUCUCUAUAUUGCCCUAUGCUAUGAAGAUAUGAACAAUCUAUCCGGAGCAUCACGCUGUUUUAACGAAAGACAUUCCAACUAUCAAGCUAACUGUAGUUCCAAUAGCAGAAAGAUGGUAAAUCGACAUAGUAAGAUUGAGAUUAUCAGUUUGAAAAUCAAUCGAAAGACUUUGGUGAUUUUGUUGCGUAAGCCAAUUUUAUUGACGAAAACUUUUCUUAGCUGA